GCACCUCGACCCAUCUUGUCAACCCGUCAUCCAUUCCAUUCCCGAUCCCCAUUCCAAGAACGAAAGGAAUCAGUUCGUUUCACUCGAUCGCCAAGGAAGGAACCACUCGACCUCCAUCGGCACCAUGAGGGCGUUCCUGAUGGGCUGCUUCCACCCGCGCGGCGGCGCCACGGACCCGGCGGCGGUGGCGGACGGCGACGAGGCGACCACGGCCACGGCCAAGGCCACGGCGCCGUCGAGGCCGCCCACCAGGAAGGGCAAGAAGAAGUCGAUGCGGCGGGCGCCGAGCGCGACGGCGCGGCUGCGGACGCUCUCCUUCGACGACCUGUCCCGCACGCUGGCCUCGUCGGGGAUGCACGCGUUCACCGUCGCCGAGCUGCGGGCCGCCACGCGCAACUUCUCCGGCAGCCACUUCAUCGGGGAGGGCGGGUUCGGGCCGGUCUACAAGGGCUUCCUCGACGACAAGGUGGUGCCGGGGAUGCAGCCGCAGCACGUGGCCGUCAAGUACCUGGACGCCGAGGGCCCGCAGGGCCACCGCGAGUGGCUCGCCGAGGUGGUCUACCUCGGCAUGCAGCUCAGCCACCCGCACCUGGUGAAGCUCGUCGGCUACUGCUACCAGGAGCACCACCGCAUGCUCGUCUACGAGUACAUGGCCCGGGGCAGCCUCGAGCACCACCUCUUCAAGAAUCUGCUGGCGAGCUUGCCGUGGGCGACGAGGCUGAAGAUCGCGGUGGGGGCGGCCAAGGGGCUGGCGUUCCUGCACGAGGCGGAGACGCCGGUCAUCUACAGGGACUUCAAGGCCUCCAACAUCCUGCUCGAAUCGGACUACACGGCGAAGCUGUCGGACUUCGGGCUGGCGAAGGAGGGCCCGUCGGGGGACGACACGCACGUGUCGACGCGCGUCAUGGGCACGCACGGCUACGCGGCGCCGGAGUACAUCCUCACGGGCCACCUCACGGCGAGGAGCGACGUGUACAGCUUCGGGGUGGUGCUGCUGGAGCUGCUCACGGGCCGCCGGAGCGUCGACAAGCGCCGCCGGGGCCGCGAGCAGAACCUCGUCGACUGGGCGCGCCCCUACCUGCGGCGGCCGGACAAGCUGCACCGCGUCAUGGACCCCAGCCUCGAGGGCAGCUACUCCGCCGAGGCCGCCGCCAAGGCCGCCACCGUCGCGUACAACUGCCUGCACAGCGUGCCCAAGAACCGGCCCACCAUGCGCGAGGUCGUCGACUCGCUCGAGCCGCUCAUGCGCAUGUCCCGCGACGUGCCCGCCGGGCUGUUCGUCUACACCGCGCCGUCAGAGCCGUCGCCGGCGGCCAAGGUCGUCGCCGACAAGGCCGCAGAGGACGGCGAGGAAGCCAAGGACAGCGGCAUUAGCCCGGCGGCAGCGGCCAGGAAGAAAUGCCAGCGCUCGGCCGUGCACACGGAGAGCGCGGCGCCCAAGUACGCGAGCUCCGUGGCGGGGAAAGAGAGCCGCGGCUCGCCGACGCAGAGGAGGGACAGAGGGGCGUGAGCAACAAUGGCCCGCAUGCGCGAGAUUUUUGUUUGUUCAAAGUGUACAUAAUUGAAAGAACCACGAUGUGUAAUCUGUUGGUUGAUUGAUUUUUUUUCUUUUCUUGGUGAUUGUAUUUGUAUCCCAAGAGCAAAAGGUGUUAGUACAGAAUUCUUUUUCCAGGCCCAAACGAUGGGUGUUCUUUCUUGAUUGAGACGUUCCUUUUGAAAAAUGAAUCAUCUGCAGCGGAUUGUUUGGUACAGGGACUA